ACCGCCCCGCGCUCCGCUGCCAGGGGCAGGAGGGAGGAAGGCUUGCUUCACGCCCCGGGAGAAGCGACGGGAAGCUCGGCUGUGGGUUACGGGCCCCGGCGUCUCCGCGUGGGGCGCACCGUCCGAGCCGCCCCUCCCAGUGUCCAGCGCCCCGCCCCUCCCCGCCCCGCCUCGCCUCGCCUCGCUUCGCCUCGCUUGGGAGAAGCCGCAGGGACGCGCCGGGCUAGGGUGGGCGGUUAUAGGCUUUGAGUUAGGCCGUUUCCGGGAGGCGGAGCUCAGACCCAAUUUCCUUUCUCCACAUCCAGGUGGCGCGGCGUUUGCUGUGGCGACUAGGCCCGCGUGCGCUGGAGACCUUCGCGCUGGCCCCAACGAGCCUCCUGCCCUGGGCCGGCGCUGCGGCUCUGCCGCGGCGGCAGCAUGGGUGGCCCCCGGGGCGCGGGCUGGGUGGCGGCGGGUCUGCUGCUCGGUGUAGGCGCCUGCUACUGCAUUUACAGGCUGACCGGGGGUCGGCGGCGGGGCGACCGCGAGCUCGGGAUACGCCCUUCGAAGCCCGCAGAAGACUUAACUGUUGGUUCAUAUGAUGAUGUUUUAAAUGCUGAACAACUUCAGAAACUCCUUUACCUGCUGGAGUCAACUGAGGAUCCUGUAAUUAUUGAGAGAGCUUUGAUUACUUUGGGUAACAAUGCAGCCUUUUCAGUUAACCAAGCUAUUAUUCGUGAAUUGGGUGGUAUUCCAAUUGUUGGAAACAAAAUCAACCAUUCCAACCAGAGUGUUAAAGAGAAAGCUUUAAAUGCACUAAAUAACCUGAGUGUGAAUGUUGAAAAUCAAAUCAAGAUAAAGAUACACAUCAAUCAAGUCUGUGAGGAUGUCUUCUCUGGUCCUCUGAACUCUGCAGUGCAGCUGGCCGGACUGAGAUUGUUGACAAACAUGACUGUUACCAAUGACCACCAGCACAUGCUUCACAGUUACAUUACAGACCUGUUCCAGGUGUUACUUACUGGAAAUGGAAACACGAAGGUACAAGUUUUGAAACUACUUUUGAAUUUGUCUGAAAAUCCAGCCAUGACAGAAGGACUUCUCCGUGCCCAAGUGGAUUCAUCAUUCCUUUCCCUUUAUGACAGCCACGUAGCAAAGGAGAUUCUUCUUCGAGUACUUACACUAUUUCAGAAUAUAAAUAACUGCCUCAAAAUAGAAGGCCAUUUAGCUGUGCAGCCUACUUUCACUGAAGGUUCAUUGUUUUUCCUGUUACAUGGAGAAGAAUGUGCCCAGAAAAUAAGAGCUUUAGUUGAUCACCAUGAUGCAGAGGUGAAGGAAAAGGUUGUAACAAUAAUACCCAAAGUCUGAUUGGUCAUAUUUUUCCAAAGAGUAAUGCAGUCUGGAUAUAAACAUAUUUUCUGUCUUCCUUAUAAGGGGAUUCUUCCAGCUGCUGAAUUUAAACAGUAAAUAUCACAUUUUAACAUUAACACAGCUAUAACUUGCCAUGGUUCUCAGAUUUUUUUGGACUUAUUUUGAUGCCAAGUGAGUAUAAGAGCUUGUACUGAAACCAUUUCUUUCUUUCUAUUUUGCUAUUUGCAAAUGCUUGUUAUUUUCCCUACAUGAAGUGGCAGUAACCUUUUUCACAUUUAAGCUACCCUUCUACCUUUUGAAGUGAUUUGCAGUUACUCAUCUGAGACAGCAUCAGUAUUUGACUAAAUCAUUGUUUCACAACUGAAUAGUCUUGUUCUUUUAGUAGAAGUGAAAUCCUAAGCUCUUGAGGCCACUCAUCUGCCAACCUGACCAUACUGCUUUCAAAAGUCUUUUCUCAUCAGUAGAACCUAUUUUGGUCACUUCUAGUCAAUGAAAAAUGUAAACUUUUAGGAGAGAAUGUUUCCUAGGACUCACCCACUCCAUUCAAUAUUACAUAUAAAAUAGUGUUAUCAAUCACAAUGUCCAUCUUUAGACAGUUGGUUAAAUAAACUGUCUGGUCUUUGAAAA